CGGGAAGUUGAUGGAGCUUUAGGGUUGGAAAGAGGACGGGUUUGGAGCAGCACUCACUACAAUACUCUUGCUGACCUCUUCCAAGGAAGGGUGGGGAUUUGGUGGGCGCUUUACCUUUUGCUGUCCGAGUCUGUUCCUGCUCAGCCUCUUUCUUUCUAUCCUUCCUUCCAUUCAUUCAUUCAUUCACUCAUUCAUUUCAUAUCCGUCUCUCUCGCCCUGUGAGUGUGUGUGUGUGUCCGUCUGUCCUGCUUUUCUGGUGUCUGCCCAUUUGACUUGGCAAAUCUAUGUUUUUUCUUCUCUUCGGUCCGGGAGGGACGUCCAGCAAGGAGCAGGGAGCAAGGCAAGGCAAGGGAAGGGAGGGGAGAGGGAGAGGAAAGGAGGGAAGGGGAGGGGAGAGGCUCCGAGAGAGGGGGAGGGAGGUUCUAGAGCUGCAAUUCGAAACGAACUGGUGGUCAGUGUAUCGGAUCACAAGUUGACUAUACCAGGACGCUAGUACCGUCUGCGCCCACGCCUGCCAGAUGAGGGUCUGCCUUGCUCUCUCUGUCUUUCUCCAGCCCCUCGAAGUCGACUUCUCCACCUCCACCUGACUGGAACUCUGGGCUGGGCCGGGGCAGGAAUGGGCUGAAUGUGCGUUUGCUUUGUUGGACGCUAGACCGGGCUGGCCCCCACCUCGUCUCCUCCUCCUCCUGCUUGCUCGCUGCUCGCACCCUGCACUGCCCGAGGAGCAUGUCUGUCUGCUGCUUGCUUUGAUCAGCCACCUCGGACCCAGACAUACUCACACCAACGCCCUCAAGUACAGCACCGCACAACCGAAGCCUCUUUUGGGUGCUCUGUGCUCUCUCGGGAACUCCAUACACACACACACGGACGCAGACACCUCGCGCUCGGACUCUCACUCUCUCCCGCAAGCAAGAGCACCAUUUGAUUGUCUGGGUGAUUCGGUAUUCUGAUAUUCUGAUAUGGUGCCAUUCUUUCGAGCGUAGAGAUGCUGCACUUCUCCUCGUUCGCCUCUGUCGCGCGGCCUGCCAUUCUGCUGCCUCGCGGGACGCAUUGCUGUCUUUCUUCUCAGGCCGGGAGCGCGACUAGUGCUGGUGGUGUCCGCGCAGGUUUUUGAGAGAGCGCGAGACCGGGAGGUCGAGAGAUCUCGACAAUCAAUCCGUUCCGGCGGUGGGUGGGGUCGCGGACCUAGAGGGGAUUGAACGGAAUGCUGCGAGAUGGUUAUGGGGACCGAGGGCAGGAGGAAUGCGCCUGAGUUAAGAAGACGACGAUGACGAGAGGCCGUGUCCAGUGAGGGAGGGAGUGAGGACGCGAGAAGAGAAGAGGAGAAGACGAGGAGAAGGAGAGAAUGCAAUGUGGUUGACCACGCAGGACGGAGGGCGACGGACAGCGAAGGAGAUAUGAGAUGAGAUGAGCACACGAGGCAGAAUGAGGGGAGAAGAGCGUUAGCAAGCCAGAGUGAGUGACAGAGAGCGAGAAGAGAGAUUGAAUCGAGGCGAGAGGAGUGGAGAGAGGGGAUGAGAGAGUGUGGUUCGAGUUUGGGGAGCGAGGCAGAGGAAUCAAUCAGCAGAAGGGCAGGUAAAGGAGGCACUCGCUGGCGCCAGAAAAGAAAGCGCCCCGUGGGUGCGCCUCUUUUCUACUGUGUUGCUGCAACGGGCCCGAGGAUCCGCCCUCCGGUGGAGAAGUGGACAGAGACGAACCUUUUGCCAGUGGGGAUGCGCCCAUGGCACCAUCCGCACCCUUGCCCCUUCCCCCUCCCGUUCCCCUGAAUGCUUUUCUGGGUGCUGAUGAAACCGUCCAACCUUCGAAUGGCCACAGCACCGGUGCCCUACCCGUCCCACCUCAGCUCAAGCUUCCGGGUAAGAGUAACCUAAGAAGACAUUCCAUGUUUGCCAUUGGCUCUCCGCAUCAACCUACCAUGAGACACAGCCAGUCUUGUCAUAGUACGUCUGAUCCCAGUAUCGCCUUGGAGUCCGACGGAGCUAAUGGAGGACCUAAUUCGAGUGGGCAUGGACAUGGACCCGGUGUUGGUAGAUCACCUCAGCGUCAGCAAAGCAAAGUAAGGUGGACGGACAGCCAUGGGAAAGAUCUCACGGAAGUUUGGGAGUUUGAACCCAGUGAAACAGGUGACUCGGAUGACGACGAAUCCGAUAGCGAUUCAUCACAAGCAUGCACAUGUGUAAUUCAAUAGCACUGGCGACAUUUCACUUGUUGAGUGACGAUUCGGCUUGAUCUUCUUAACCUCAUGAAGUCCUGGUUGGAUGCGACGGUCUGCAUGGGGGUGACUCGCACAGUUUUGAAUAUUGUGCACGGUAUAUAAUAUGGCUUGUAGGAGCGCAUCUAGAGCUCGGCAGCUAUAGUUGGGAAGUCACAAACCUGGGGAGAUUGUCGUGGCCUAAUUUUGUACAAAGGCAGAGUACUUGGUUGAACAGCAGCCAUCAGAGAAGUGCUCAGUAUUCACUCGAACAGUUACCAGCAUGCAUAUGAUGCAUGAGUACAGCCUGAAGCAAAAUAGUUGAAGGAAAUCUAAUUAUGCAGGUGGAAUUGUGCACGUUGGUGUUGCCUGAAGCUUUGGUAUUUGUAACAUUGAUUUAGUCUUCGUAAUGAAGGUGACUGGUAUAUCAGAUGGCUCAAGAUGUUAGAAUGACCCAAGAUUGGUGGGUGCAGCUUAGCAACCACGAUAUAUUUUAAAAGGCUCUGUUAGGUCCUUCCGGGCUCUGUUCUUCUCCUGCCACAUACACCCCAAUUUAUGGUCUUGUUGAUACCCAUAAUGUCGCCGCUUUCAAUUUUCAUACCGGCAUGGGUGGUUAGUUGGUUUGCGAGGUACUUUGAACCCCGACUAUAUGGAAGAACUUUUAAUUAGAAAUUCAUUAGCUGUUAAGUUGGGUGAGAGUAGGUAGUCUGGAGUUUUUUCUCUCUCAAAAUCAGGCCUUUUUGUGUCCUGGUUCCUCAGAGACCUGAUUGUUGUCAGCAUCCUUGGUAGAGCACUUAUGCCAUGUAUUCUCUUUGUAGUUUUACUCUCUUUGAGCUCCAAGGAGCUUCUUUUCCUAAGUUAUAAUCAAUACUUUAUGAACCAAAUUGUUCAUCG